AUGGGGGUUCCUCCACCCAAGGUGAGAGGGUCCUGGGCCCACCUCCAGGAACUGCUCACCUCUUGGCUGUUCUGGGAGAGAGACGGGGAUCAGCGACUGGACGAGGCCCACCUGCUGCAACAGAAGAGGAUUCGAGAAUCGCCGCUGCUUCAGGCAGCCAAAGACAAUGACCUGUGUGCCCUGAAGAGACUUCUGCUGGACAGAACCUGCGACUUGCGACAAAGAGGAGCCAUGGGGGAGACAGCGCUGCAUGUGGCGGCCCUCUAUGACAAUCUGGAGGCGGCCAUGGUGCUGAUGGAGGCUGCCCCGGACCUGGCCUUAGAGCCCAUCCUGUGCGAGCCCUUUGUAGGUCAGACUGCACUGCACGUGGCCAUCCUGAACCAGAACGUGAACUUGGUGAGGGCCCUGCUCGCCCACGGGGCCAGCGUCUCCGCCAGAGCUACAGGUGCAGCUUUCCGCCACAGCCCGCACAACCACAUCUACUUCGGGGAGCACCCUCUGUCCUUCGCCGCCUGCAUGGGCAGCGAGGAGAUCGUGCGUCUGCUCAUCGAACAUGGAGCGAACAUCCGGGCCCAGGACUCCCUGGGAAACACAGUGUUGCACAUCCUCGUCUUCCAGCCCAACAAGACCUUUGCCUGCCAGAUGUACAACCUGCUGCUGUCCUACGAUGGGCGCGGAGGCCACCUGCAGUCCCUGGACCUCGUGCCCAAUCACCAGGGCCUCACCCCCUUCAAGCUGGCGGGAGUGGAGGGCAACACUGUGAUGUUCCAACACCUCAUGCAGAAGCGGAAGCACAUCCAGUGGACCUGCGGGCCACUGACUUCCACUCUCUAUGACCUCACAGAGAUCGACUGCUGGGGAGAGAAGGUGUCCUUUCUGGAGCUCGUGGUCUCUUCCAAGAAGCGGGAGGCUCGCCAGAUCCUAGAACAGACCCCCGUGAAGCAGCUGGUGAGCCUCAAGUGGAAGAGAUAUGGGCGGCCCUACUUCUGUAUUCUGGGUGUCUUGUACGUGCUCUAUAUGGUCUGCUUCACCACGUGCUGCGUCUACCGUCCCCUCAAGUUCCGCCAUGGCAAUCGCACUAUGUCCGACCGGGAUAUCACCAUCCUGGAGCAGAAGCCACUACAGGAGGCCUAUGUCACUGAGCAGGAUAAGAUCCGGCUGGUCGGGGAGCUGGUGACCAUCACCGGGGCUGUGAUCAUGCUGUUCCUCGAGAUCCCGGACAUCUUCAGGGUUGGCGCCUCUCGCUAUUUUGGACAGACCGUCCUUGGGGGGCCAUUCCAUGUCAUCAUCAUCACCUCUGCAUCUCUAGUGCUGGUCACCAUGGUGAUGAGGCUCACCAGCACCCACGGGGAGGUGGUGCCCAUGGCCUUCGCCCUGGUGCUGGGCUGGUGCAGCGUCAUGUACUUCGCCCGAGGAUUCCAGAUGCUGGGCCCCUUCAGCAUCAUGAUCCAGAAGAUGAUUUUCGGAGAUCUACUGCGUUUCUGCUGGCUGAUGGCGGUGGUUAUUCUGGGGUUUGCUUCAGCCUUCUAUAUCAUCUUCCAGACGGAGGACCCAAAAGAGCUGGGGGAAUUCCAUGACUACCCCACGUCACUGUUCAGCACCUUUGAGCUUUUCCUCACUAUCAUUGAUGGCCCUGCCAACUACGACGUGGACCUGCCCUUCGUGUACAGCAUCACCUAUGCUGCCUUCGCCAUCAUCGCCACCCUGCUCAUGCUCAACCUCCUCAUCGCCAUGAUGGGUGACACUCACUGGCGGGUGGCCCAAGAGCGGGAUGAGCUCUGGAGAGCCCAGGUCGUGGCCACCACGGUGAUGCUGGAGAGAAAGAUGCCUCGCUUCCUGUGGCCUCGCUCUGGCAUCUGCGGGUGCAAGUACGGUCUGGGAGACCGCUGGUUCCUGCGAAUCGAGAGUCUCCAUGACCAAAAUCCUUUGCGCGUGCUCCGCUAUGUGGAAGCUUUCAAGUCCUUAGACAAGGAGGAUGAACAAGAGCAUCUUUCCGAGAAACAUCCCUCCGUGUUUGAAAGUGAGACUCUAGCCAGAGCCUCCAUGACCCUGCCAACGCCUUCUCUGUCCCGGACCACAUCCCACAGCAGCAGCAGCCACCGGGGCUGGGAAGUCCUUCGUCGCAACACCUUGGGACACUUGAAUCUUGGACUGGACCCUGGAGAGGGGGAUGGAGAGGAAAUAGUUAUCUAUGAGUAG